UGCCAUCUGCCAAUUAAUGUCUGAACUCGUCUUUGUGGUAUUCGAAACUCAAAUUUCAAAUUCACUACAUAGUGCAGAGUAGUUGGCAAGUAUCUUUAUAUAAAAUAAAUAUUUAAAAUUUUAACCAAGGGCUACAAGGUAGUUUCAAGCAAAAAUGGACUGGAAAUACAGCAGUUCUGAUUCUUCAGACGACGAGGGUGAAAUUGACUACGACCUGUGCACCAUAGAAAGACAAAAUUCGUGCGCUUUACCGUUCGACCCUACAUCUUUGGAAAACAUAAUCUUGAAAAUUAGCGAUCAAUUCAAUUUCCGCGUUUUAUGGAAAAGUCCUCGUGCUAAGGCAGCGUUGAUGGUGACCGCUGGAUUGACGGUCGCUGGAAGUUUACUUGGUAAUCAUUAUGGCGGGAAAACCGGCGCGGCUAUAGGCGGAGUCGUUGGAGGCGCUUGUGGUGUUGGGCUAGUCAUUGUUGCAAUGAGAGACGUAUGGUAUGAAAUAAAGUCGAAAUUGUCUGAUGUGUUCGACAUGGUUUACGACUACCUAGCUGGUCUAGGUUUCGACGAUUACAAAAAAGCUGCAAUGUUUUUAGUUCAAAAUGGCAGUUGCAGUAAACAACUGGCUUUGCUCAUAUUACAAAUAUCUUCAAACGCUUUGGGACAGAAGAUUUUAUCUAGCUUAACAUCAGCCUAAGAAACUCGCCUACAUUGUGUUGAUUACAAAAUUUCAACCAGUUCUUUUCCACUAUUCUAUUUCUUACUUUCUCUUCUUUUCUAUUCUAUUAUGUUCUAAUUGAAGCAUGUUUCCUGAGAAGCAAUCAAACUGUGUAUUGCUCUUAAUGUUAUCGUUAUAGGCCAAUAUUCCUGUUAUUUUAAAAUUGACUUACCUACAUUUACUUUAGACAUGACUUUAUAAUUGUGAAUUUUGUAGAAACCACGACGACUGCUUACUUCUUUACAACUUAUAAUGACUGGACAGAUAUUUGAAAUAUUAAAAAAUAUGUACUGAAGUUUAAACGACAUUCUUAAUUGUUGCUGCAAUGUAUGAAA